AUUACGGGCAGGUUCUCAGUAACACCACACCCCAAACUCACCUUCUCCUCCCCUCUCUCUCCCUCCCCCCCCUCUUUGAUUAUAUCUACAACUAUCUCACGAUAUUCGACGAUCUUCAUCGGACGGUCGACAAUGAACGUUACCUCUAGUAUCUCUUACCUGAGGCUUUAGCUUCUCAAGCUUUCAGAUCUGCUUCAUCCAUCUCUAGAUCUUCCCGUUUUGGGUGUUGCUAAGCAUCGUGAUCCUACCUGUUACGAAAUGGAAACGAAUCGUAGUAUUAUCAACCAUGGCCUGCUAUUAUACGCUGGUGAGGUUGUAGCUACUCUUCUGGUGUCUGUGUUGCUUAGACUCCAGUUUUUCGCUCUCAGUCAGGAUUCUCCUUGGUUGUUAGUCGAAAACCCUAGGGUUAAAGGAGACCAUCAAACAACACGUCAUUCCAAGCCUUGUGAAGUUGACGAUGAUGAUGACGAUGAUGAUGACGAUGAUGAUAAGGACGGUGAGUUUGAAGAAGGGGAGCAGGAUCCUGAUUCUGAUGAUGGAGCAAGCAAUCGUAAUAACAAGGAUAACAACUCGAAGAAAGACAUCACGGGAGGUGCAAGUGGGGAUGGAGAAGAAGAGAAAGGUGAAGACCAGGAGGAAGAUGACGACGAUGAUGAUGACAAUGAUGAAGAUGGUGAUAAUAAUAAUGGUGAUGACGAUGAUGACGAUGUUGAUGAUGAUGAUGAUGGUGAAGAAGAUGAGGAGGAUAAGAACGAAGAAGAGGAAGAAGACGAGGAAGAAGCACUACAACCCCCGAAGAAGAGAAAGAAGUAGAACAAUACUUCCCUUCAAACGUGUCACUUUGUUUAGUUUUGACGAUAUUUUAGGAUAAUUAAUGUUGUCGAGUAAUCAUUGACCCAAAAUUAACAAUUCAAAUAAAAUAAUGUUUUCAUGGGCAAA